UGAUUUCUUUAAUCAAAACAAUCUGAUUUCAUUACUUUUAUUUAUAGAUGGGUGCCGAGAUAUACGAUCCUCGAUUGUAUAUCCAUUAUAGGCCAAGAGAUACGAAGUAUUUAACCGAUCAAGCAGCACAUCGCUCCCGUGCAAUUUGGGACAACAAACCGGAAUCACUUAUUCCCGUCAUUCAUAAAGGGACUACUAACUUGCCCGCUUGGCAUGAUCGACUGUCGCCGUAUAUAAAGAGGACUGGGUUGGGUAUGUUGAGGCAUUUAAUGCGGCUUGAAAUCAACAACGAUCUGCUUACGGCAAUGGCAUAGCGAUGGUGCCCCGAAACCCAUACGUUCGACCUUCCGGAGGGGGAAAUGACGAUCACCCUCAAAGACGUCGCGAUUCUCACCAGGCUGCCGAUAACUGGAGAUGCCAUCAUUGGUACCACUACCA